AUGCCACCACGCGCACGCGCGAAGCCUGUCGCAGAGCCUGCUGGGUCUCCAGUAUCCGACUCAGAGCCCGACCUUGAUAUGUUUGAUAAAUCCGAUCUCCAAGCAGCUAUGCGCACAAUGAGUACCAACAAGAAACCCCGCGGACGACCACCUGGGUCGGCUAGCAAGAUAACCAAACCUGCACAACGGGCGACGCGUCGGACUGGGACAGAGAAACUCCCAGCUGUACCCGAAGUGGUCGCACGAUCAGAUACUGCUGUUAAAGCCAACGGAAACGGUACGAAUGCGACGCGCAAAGCCCAACAGAUGGCUCCCGACGAAACAGUUACAUUUGAGGACAUUGAGGGCUCUUCAGGUGUCCCGGCUACUGGUGUAAAGAAAGGAACGCGCGGGCGCCCAAAGAAGAGCAAUGGCGAUACUUCUAUUCUUGUGCCCGAAAGUACUGUGAAGCGACGUGGGCGACCUCCGCGACAGCCCGGAACACCGAUCGCAGAAGUUCUAGAGACACAGCAAGAAGACCCAAUGGAGCUAGAUCCCGUGUUAGAACAGAGCGAAACCGAUAACCCUGGCGCCGUACCUGAAGUUGAAACUAUUGUGCCAUGGUCAAGUUAUGACACUAGCGACGACUCCACACGCUGGCGACUAGAAGAUCUUACGAAGAAGUAUACAGCACUCGAAGCUAGUCACCGAAAUUUGCGCGAAGUAGGAGUGCGAGAAGCCGAGCGGAACUUUGAGCGACUAAAACAGCAGGCCGAGGAACGUACUGCAGCUGAGCUGAAGGCUGAACUUGCUGCUCAAACUGCGCUCGCAAAUGAAAGUGAAGAGCUCCGGAAACAACUUGAGGCAAACGAAACCGAGACGGAAAUGUUGGAGGAGACUGUCAAGACUCUGAACAGCUCUUUGACCGAAGCCAAGUCUGAAAUCAAGUCACUUUCUACCAAACUAGCCGCUGCCAGGUCGAGCGAUACCAACCCCAGAGUACCAGGCAGUGCUAUCAAGACCGGUGGGCUGAUGAAUCGCAAUGCUCAGGCAGGGGCUGCGCACGCCGCGCAGGUUACUGCACAGGCUAAAGAAAGACUAUAUGCGGACUUGACAGAUUUAAUUCUGCGCGGCGUGAAACAAGACGAGGUCGAGGAUACCUUUGACUGCAUCCAAACUGGGCGCAACGGCACUCUUCAUUUUAAACUCGCUGUCGAGAAUGACGCGUCAGGCAAUUAUGAGGAUGUGUCAUUCACAUAUCAGCCGCAACUGGAUGCUGGACGAGACCAGGACUUGAUAGAUGUGCUCCCCGGAUAUCUUACAGAGGAGAUCACGUUCCCACGAUCUCAAGCGCCCAAGUUUUACGCCAGAGUGAACAAAUCCUUGACAGAAGAUUUGACGAGACAGUAA